GGAAUCUUAUAAUCGGUACAAGAAAACGAGUCAGGAACGGAAGGGCGUCAUAGACCCAACCACGCUGUACAGAGUCAAAACUGAGUACCUGAGUGAAUUUGAGCGCUCCAUGAAAGCAAAUACCGCUAUCUGAUUCAACCCCGAGGACCUCCUCACACAAAAUUGAUCCGUGUCAUGAACGACGGCGACAGGAUGUUGGGAAAGCACUUGGAUAAGUUCAUCGGUGAAAGAUUGUGUCCCAACCAGUGCGGGCUCCUGAAAAGACGCGUCAUGGAUUGCACGUCGUGCAAGUACAGGAUGUACAGCUGCCCGUCUCCGUCCGGCAAAGUGGACUGCGGUGAGCACCCGAUGAGGGCCGAAGAGGGCGGGCAGGCGGUGCUGGACUGCUUCCGACCCUGGCAUUCACUUCUGCUCGGGAGCCCGGAGUACCACUACACUUGGGCCCCUGCAGUGAGCGGAGACGCAAAGCUCAAUGAGAGUGACUUUCGAAACGUGGUCGUGAUGGAGGACUCGUCGUUGGUGUUAAACCAGCUCCACGUGAGCGAUCAGGGCGUGUAUCGGUGCUCGCUGGAGGGCCAAGAUGGCGCCGUGUUCUACCGAGUUGCAUUCCCGCUCACCGUCACUCCAGGGCCAACCCGGAGGCCCCGAGCUUCCGUUAAACGGCCUGCGCCGGCUCCCGAAGACGACGGGUCACUUUUUCAAUCCUCCGGGGGUGCCCUGGCGACGCUCAUGGCCGUAGUCAGCGCCCUAAGUCUGGCAGGGAGCCUCGUCUUCGUCGCCGUAAUCGAGGGUGACGAUUCUGCGAAAAAACACAUCACAGAGGGAGAGCAGAAGGGUGGAGGAAGAAAACAACGCGUCCACCUUUUUCUGACGGAUGCCGUGCACAGCAAACGAUUUCUGAGGGGGGCUGAAAACUUCCAACGGACCCGACGGCAAGAGUGGAAAUCGAUCCUAUUCCAGCAGCUAAGGAACCACCAAACUACCAAUUUGCAUCCAGUCAAGUUACGCCAACGCCCAGCCGUGUCAAAUGUUACGUUUUGGCUCCGCUGGCCGCAGUUUAUCUCGACGGGUCGCGACCAGAGGUGCUGGCUCACGAGCUAAUAAGCUCAGGCCUCGUAAAAUGAUCAUUUUGUCAAUUUUACGGUCAAAAUGACUUUUGGGAAUCUGAAUCAUUCAGACAUAAUCUUGCAUUCGUGUCCGAAUGAUCUGAACAGUUUGAAGUGGAAGGAGAAGGGGCCGGAGACAAAUUCCUUGUGUGUCUCGUUACGCACUUGCCCAAUAACGCUGAUACUGAUUCUCAAAUAUGUUCCCGACUGUGCUGAAUUUUAUGAAGAUUUGAAAGUUUGUUUGGUUAUUUGGACCAAAAAAAAAUGUCAAAAAGUGGCAAAAAAUUAUAUUUAUCCAUCCAUCCUCACAAGUGUCACGGGAGUGCCGGAGCCUAUCCCAGCUGUCAACGGUCAGGAGGCGGGGCACACCUUGAACUGGUCGCCAGCCAAUCGCAGGGCACAUCGAGACAAACGCCCGCAUUCACAAUCCCGCCUGGGGGCAAUUUUUAACGUGUCCAAUGAAUGUUGCACGUUUUGGGGCUGUGGGAGCAAAGCGGAGUGCCCACCCGGAGAAAAGCCACAGACGUAGGCACGGGGAGAAUAACAUCAAUAACAAAGCACGCACGCACGCACGCGCAUGUGAAAUCCUCAACUCAGCCUCCCAGAAAGGGAACCCGCAUCCGUAUCAGAGGCGAAGGGCUGGCCUGGUCACGUGGCCGCUCCCGGUACCAAUCUGGGAUGAGGUCAACAUCUGGAUUGCAGCCAUUCUGACGAGAUCAACAACCCCAGUCACGCAAAUAAUCCCGCGUCUCCCUUGUGAGAAGCAGAAUUGCGAAGAUUCUGCAAUGAUUGAUUUACAUUCCAAAAAAAAAAAAAACAUUUUCUUGGAUUCAUCUUGGAAGCUCACAACGUAUUGCACACAUUUUAUUUCACACCGGGGUGA